GCGACUGGCCGAGCUUUGGUUGGCCGCUGAUACGGUGCGAGAUGUGGUAAGAUCGGUCGGUCUUGAAUGUUUGAGCAGGUUGUCAACAACUCAUUAUCGCUGGUUUUCACUGGCUUUCACCCGCGUGGCUUCUUUGUUUUGGGAAUGGCAACAGGGUUCGGAGCCUGUUCCGCUGAGCUUGACAUUGGCUCCCAACUAGAUCCUGGCCUCGGGGGGGGGGGGUUUUCAAAGGCACGGCCGUUGGUGGUCUGUUGGCGAGAAGGAUGGCCCAGGAACAGUGGACACCUCUCCUCGUUCCCUCCAGGCAGUUUGACUUUGAGCUAGGUAUCCAAGUUAUGUCGUCCGUCAAAUGCCACUGCAUUGGCACUGUCAUAGGCUGUUGUGAUGCCGAUGGGGGGUUCAGCCUCUCUCCAGCAACAUGACAUCGAUUGACUGCGGCUCCAUCUUCCUCUGGCCACCUUUUGCUGUGCAUAGACGACAUUGGACCUUUGCAUAUUCCCGUUCAGGGUCAAACUACGCGUCUCGGACAUCUCGGUCUGCGCAUAUCAACCCAAGUUUGUCGUUACUUGAUUGAGUUCACCCUGCAUCUAAAGGAUUACAAGCGCACUCUGGAUCACACCGAGCCCACCGAACAAGGAGCACGAGGUUGCGAGCAUGGAGCCCGGCUUUAUCAUGGACCUUCCCAACAAAUCCGAGAGAUGUCGACUGCCCCAACACCGCUGUGAUCCGUGUCAUUCAUGCCACCUGCGAACCUCUUCCAUUCGGUAUGAUUGCGUCCUUCGCGACACGCUGCCCGUCUUCCUCCCCAUGGAUGUUUCGGUAUCUCCCGAAUCUGGACUGUCGUUAUCGAAUCGUUCUGUCGUCUUUGCCCGAAGUACCCGAGGGACAGUAUCGUGGCGUUGUGAUGGCAGGGGACAAGAGCCCGCUUAUCUGGGAGGCGUCAAGAACCUGAGCGGCGGGUUAUGCCAAGCUAUGACAGUGUGGAGGGCUCACGACCCAACAGCAUGGCGAUGAUUUCGUGAUCUCGUCAUAAUCAAUAAUCAAUCCCAGGGAGCUAUUGACCUGCUGGAUCGGGGAUAAUUCCCAACUCGAGGAGAUUGGUCGCUGUGGCUGUGAUGCCGCCAUGCCUGCUCGCCCUUGUGCAAGCUCAUUCUACUGCUUUGUGGAACUUUCAGCUGAUUCCCCUUCUCCGACGCUCGACCCCCCUCGACACGCUUCAUUGCGCUGCCCAGCCAGACACCAACAAGCCACGCAAUUCCUCGACGAGCCAGAGGACUGUGACAUCUUUUGAACGGUUACCACGCCUGGGUGCGGCGUGGACCGCCAGCCAUGGGUCGACACAUUGUCACUGGUACCCGUUCUACAGACACACCACUGCCAACCCCCGGGGCGCUGGCUUGCUCGAGAACCAAGUUCGCCGCACCUUGUUGAGAGACCCAACCCACGGCCAGAUACCGCUGCCCCGAUCCACCGAAAAUACACAUUUUGUUGUUUGAACAUCGCAUUCAAUCAAAUCUCUGCACUUCUUGGUGUGAUGGCUUUGCUGUGGAGCCAUCCCCUGGCUGUCGGUAAGGGGUUGCACGGACCGGCGUUGUGAGGUCAAACUAUCACGAGUGGAGUCAACAAUGGGGACACCAACAUGGAGACUGAAAUGCACGAAGUUCUGUUGAGCUGAUGGGAAUUGAAAGACACCAAACUGUGUCCGACCAGAAUCACUUGCGCCGAAGGUAUGUUCGGAUGAAACACCUGUCCGUUCGGUGUCAAGUCGGGGCUGGAAUUCUUUAUGAACCUCACUCUGACACUUUGGACCAGGUGGAAUGGCGGUACACGACGUAGCCCAGUUGUUUGAAUUCCACGGCGCGAAGUUCGGGUCCUUUGAGAUCCAUGCGGCAUUGUCGUGUGGUGCGAUCUCAUCUCAGUGUCAUGGCAUCAAGGAUGAUGGAGGUUACGUUGAUCUUUCAGGUCAAUUUCGCGAUGACAUGGCCGGCGUGUUGUCAGGAUGAUGUUUGCCGAACCGGUGCGUGUUUGAUUUCGGAGGUCCCGAGGGAAACAGGAGAGACAUGGGCGAAACACGCAUGGAAAACGCCGCAUAUCCCCUCUCCCAUAUUUUCCUUUUGGGGCGGUACCGCAUAGGUAUUGGGCCAUUGCAGGCCGCCCCCUCAUGCAAGCAAGUGGUCCACUAGUGUGCGACGUCUCCUUUUUUGGACGUAACGAUGGCCGGC